AUGGGACUUGCUGGAACUAAAGUAAAACAAAGAUUUGGGUUGGAUCCUAGAAAUACUAAUUGGUCCAAUGACACUUCCAGAUUUGGUCAUCAGUACUUAGAAAAGAUGGGGUGGAAACCAGGGAAAGGUUUAGGAUUAGUUCAGCAUGCAAUGACCACCCAUGUCAAAGUACAUAUAAAGGACGAUAACCUUGGUCUUGGAGCAAAAUUAGGCAAGAAACAAAAGAAAGAUGAUUUGGAUGGAGAUUGUGCUGGACUUGAUGUUUUUCAACGAAUUUUGGGGAGAUUAAAUGGUAAGGAAGAUCAAAUAAAUAAAGAGUUGGACAGACAACGUAAUGAAAAUAUAAUAAAUGGGAAAUGGGGUAUGCAAUUUGUAAAGGGAGAGGUUCUUCAAAGUACUUGGAAUACCGAGACUAAACUGUUAAUUUCCUAUCAUAACACGGAAACUGAAACUUCCAAAAGAAAGCACAAUGAUGAUGACGAUGAUCUGGAAGAGCAACCUAAGUUGAAAAAGGAGAAGAAGAGCAAGAAGGAAAAAGCGGAAAAGAGGGAGAAGAAGGACAAGAGAGAUAAGAAAGAGAGUGGAGAGAAGAAAGAAAAGAAAGAAAAGAAGGCAAAGAAAGAAAAGAAAGAGAAGAAGGCAAAGAAAGAGAAGAAAGAAAAGAAGACAAAGAAGGAGAAGCAUGAUAAGAAAGAAAUGUCCACACCAGACAGGCUGUAUAGUUUAUCACCACUGUCUUCUGAAUCUGGGCCAAUUUCCAGUAGACUUUCUGUUAGAGCUAAGUGGAUUAAACAGAAAAGAGCUUCAGUUAUGGAUGCUAAAGCUCUUAAUGAGAUCUUCAUGGUUGCUAGCUAG